AUGAGAAGAGUGUACCGUGUUUCUCGGCUCGCGGCGCGUGCGUUUCCGGCUCAGUGUUUUCGGCAUUGCUUAGUGGAGGAUGGGAACAAGGGCGAUAAUUGCCAGGAAUCUGAUUCUCUUAAUAAAGUAAAAGAAGUUGAUCCUUUCCGUGUAGGAUACAACAUGGGAAUGCAAAGUGUACAUCUAGAAGCUAUUCGAAUGAAGCUGACGGAUCAUUUGGAGCUCUUUAAAUCGCAUUUUCACGCACUUAGUGAUAUACUGAAGUCAAACCAUGAUCAAGUUAGACAAUUACAUGAACAAUGUAACAAGGCGAUACUUCAUGAGUUAAAUGAGUCCAAUGACCAAAUUUUUUCACAGCGUUCCGAAUUUGAACGACACCUAAAAAAUUUGGAGGAUUCUUUAAAAAGUCAAAUUGAAGACAAGGUAGUUGGACUACAGGCACAUAUUGAUGAUCGUUUUGAAAAUCUUAGAGACGUUAUAAAACUAGGAUUUGGAGUACUUAUUCUUCUAAAUCUAUGGAUGUUUUACACCAUAUCACAAAACCAUCGUCAAUAUAUGAAUGCUCACACGACACAUACGUUGAAUAAUUUGUCUUCACAAACUAAAAAAUAG